UUGAACGAAUGAUUGUAUUGUGUACCGUAGACGACAUACGAAUAAGUUGACGGGUUCAUGUUCAGGUUUGUACCGUUUGUACGAGGCGUGGCUGUGUGCGGGCACGUGAGUGUAGAUGAAUACGUAAAAAGAUCUAUAGUGUAUGUAUACCUUACAUAAAUGUGUGCGUCGAGCUCGAGAGAGGUCGGAACUUCGGAACUGUCUACUACACUGGACUACACGUAUACGACGCUCGUACAUAAAGCAAAAGUGACAAGUAGUGACGCGAUAUCAACGGAGAAAAACAAUAAUGGAGGCUUGUAAUGCUGUGGAACGUGAAGUUGACAAAAUUUUAUUGAAAUUCGGGGUGGUAAACGAACAUGCGGAGACGGUGCUUCAAGAUCUAAUAAAUCACAUUGAAUCUUUAAAAAAGGAAUUCGCAGAAGCACCGGCCGAUCAUGAACUAACUCCGGGCCAAGUGCAAAUAUUGAAGGAGGCUAUGAAAAAAGUUUGUGAAACUGUACACCGUUUGACCACAGAACACAGAGAACUGCAUGGUUCGGUUUCGAAAGUAGGGAAAGCCAUAGAUAGAAAUUUCACUGCUGAUUUCGCAAGUACGAGCAGGGAAGACGUUUUCUCUGGCCCAGAGAAGACGCAUCUUUUGAAUCAAGUUAUUUGCCAACACUUCUACCGUCAUGGUAUGUUGGACAUUGCAGCAGAAUUAGCAGCGGAAGCUGGAAUUAAAUCAGACGAAGGGACGAAGGAGCCGUUUACAGAAUUGAACUACAUACUCGAUUGUCUGAAGCAGAGGAACCUCGAACCAGCGCUCGAAUGGGCCAAAACGCAUAGAGAGGCACUUCUGGCACAAAAUUCCUCCUUAGAGUUUAAGCUGCACAGGCUACACUUCAUAAGACUGAUUCAGCAAGGCCCUAGCAAACAGUCCGAAGCUAUAGCGUACGCUCGACAAAAUCUUACACAAUACGUCGGACGUCACGGGAAAGAGGUGCAAGCUUUGAUGGGUACUCUACUUUAUUUACCAAACGGAAUACAAUCAUCCCCUUACAGUCACUUGUUGGAUCCUACUCUGUGGCUAGAUAUUCACGAUGUAUUUACUCGGGAAGCGUGCACGUUAUUCGGUUUAAGCGUGGACAGUCCACUUUCCGUUUGUAUUAACGCUGGCUGUACUGCGCUACCAACGCUUUUGAAUAUCAAGCAAGUGAUGCAACAGAGGCAAGUAAACACCGUUUGGAAUGGAAAAGACGAAUUACCGAUCGAAAUAGAUCUCGGCAAAGAAGGACGUUAUCAUUCUGUUUUUGCGUGUCCGAUCUUGAGGCAACAGAGCACAGAAAAUAAUCCACCAAUGAAACUGGUUUGUGGACACGUUAUUUCGAGAGAUGCGUUAAACAAGUUGACUAACGCGAAUAAAUUGAAGUGUCCAUAUUGCCCGGUCGAACAGAAUCCAGAGCAUGCUACACUUAUAUAUUUCUAGGUUGCUGUGAUACAACGAUAUGAGAGAAUUGUUUUUGGAGUAAUUCGAGAACGUACUGCUUAAAGCGACGAAAGAGAUAGAUUUAUAACGCGGAGUCGAAUCAUCGAACGAGGCAUCAUAUUUCAUCAUGAACGUUACCUUUCAUCUUUCUUGGCAGACUGAUUUCCUCGCGUCGUCGAACCGUCAAAUAGUGCUGUCUACAGCCAGUAAUACGUAUAUGCUAAUGAUUUCGGUAACUAUGGUCGAAAUUUGUUUCUCUAGUAUGUUUCAGUGUCUUUCGUAAAUCAGUUAUAUUGACGUAAGGAUCGAGACACGUUAAUUCAAUUGUACUUGUUUGAAUAAUGAUUAACGUAUAAAUAAAUAAAUACACGCAUAUUUAUUUAUUUAUAUAUAUAACCACGGAUGCGCGAGUGCGAUAGUGUAAUUGUAAUAGCAUUAAGUAACACAUCUUUUGUAUAUACAGCUGUUAAAUGUUAACUACCGAUUAAAGUUAUUUGUAAUGGCAUAUUAAUGAGAUGAUAUAUGAACGCAAUCAUGUCGGAUUUUUAUUCGCCACAGAAAAUAUAAUAUUCACCCAGAGAA